AAUAACUGAAAAAACUGCCAUUCAAAAUUGCAACGAAGCAUCUAAUUAAGAGAGUGAGGAGGAGUGAUGAGAGAGCAGGUAUGGAGAUGGAGCUCAUUGGAAAGAAAAUGCCUAGACCUUCUCCAACAAGCAAACACAACUUCUUCUCUUCUCCAAAUCCAUGCUUUUAUGCUCCGAAAUUCCCUCGAUACCAAUGUCAAUCUCCUCACCAAGUUCAUCACAACCUGCUCUCAUCAAAACCCAAUUGCUCUCGUUCGACACACCCGCCGCGUCUUCGAUCGGAGACCCAAUAAUGAUGACACAUUUCUCUGCAACUCUAUGAUAAGAGCUCACAUGGAAAACCGGCAAUUCGGUGAAUCUUUCACACUAUAUAGAAAUCUUAGGCAGGAAACGGAGUUCGAGCCGGAUGGCUUUACAUUCACAGCUCUGGCGAAGGCGUGUGGAUUAGAUAUGGCCAUCUGGGAAGGACAAGAACUUCAUUGUCAAGUUGUUAAGAUUGGGUUGAGCUUAGAUUUGUAUGUGUCCACGUCGUUGGUUGAUAUGUAUGCAAAGUUUGGGAGGAUGAUUUGUGCAAGGAAGGUGUUUGAUAAAAUGACGCACACGAGCCAAGUGUCGUGGACAGCUCUUAUUUGUGGGUAUGCAAGGUCUGGAGGCAUGAGUAAUGCAAGGAGUUUUUUUGAUCGAAUGCCUGACAAGGACUCGGCUGCAUUUAAUGCGAUGAUUGAUGGUUAUGUCAAACUGGGGGAUAUGGGCACAGCUCGCAGUUUGUUUGAUGAGAUGAUGGAUAGGAAUGUGGUGUCUUGGACCGGUAUGAUUUCUGGUUACUGCCAUCAUGGUGACAUACAUUCCGCUAGAUCACUCUUUGAUGCCAUGCCUAAGAAGAACCUUAUUUCUUGGAAUGCCAUGAUUGGAGGUUAUAGUCAAAACAACCAACCCCAUGAAGCCUUGAAGUUAUUUCAGGGAAUGCAGUCAACUACAUCGCUUGAAUUGGAUGGUGUGACUGUUGUGAGCAUUCUUCCAGCUAUUGCAGAUUUGGGCGCCUUGGAUUUAGGUCGUUGGGUUGAAAAGGUCGUACGGAGGAAGAAGCUUGAUAGGAUAACUAAUGUUGGCACUGCGCUUGUUGAUAUGUACGCAAAAUGUGGUGAAAUUGAAAAAGCCAAGAGACUUUUUGAUGAGAUGCCUGAAAAAGAAACAGCUUCCUGGAAUGCUCUGAUAAAUGGAUUUGCAGUCAAUGGCCAUGGCGAGGAGGCACUGGAGAUAUUUUUGGAUAUGCAGAAAGAGAACUUUAUGCCAAAUAAUAUUACGUUUAUCGGGGUUUUGUCCGCUUGUAACCACUGUGGUCUGGUAGAGGAAGGGAAAAGGUGGUUUAAAGCAAUGGAGGGCUUCAGGCUCGUCCCACAGAUUGAGCAUUAUGGUUGCAUGGUAGAUCUGUUGGGAAGGGCGGGAUGCUUGGAAGAAGUUGAGAAAUUGAUCGAAGCCAUGCCUUACGAUGCUAAUGCAAUAAUUUUGAGUUCUUUUCUUUUUGCAUGCGGCCAUUAUGGAGAUGUCACAAGAGCGAACGAAGUUUUAAAGAAGGUGGCCAAGCUGGAGCCAGGGAAUGAUGGAAACUAUGUAAUGCUAAGAAAUUUGUAUGCCAGAAAGAGAAGGUGGAGUGAUGCGGAGGAAAUUAAGAGGUUGAUGAGGAAGAAUCAAGCAAAUAAGGAGAUUGGUUGUAGUGUCAUAGAGGUUGAUGGUAGAAUCGAGGAGUUUGCGGCUGGGCACAGAGUGCGUACGCAUACAGAAGCUAUACAUUUAACCUUGCAGCAAAGUUGGAAGCAUAUGAUGGGGGAAGGUUCAUAUUGAAUUUAUCAUCUUAUAGAAACGGGGUGAAUUGCUU